GAGUGUGUGUGAGAGUGUGAGAGCAGAAGAACACACAGCAAAGCAGGCGGAGAAAGAUUGAAUCGAAUCGAAGAUGGGGGGAGGAAUGGAAGCAAACAAGAACAAGUUCAUAGAGGAUUGGGGUACUGCCAGAGAGAAUCUUGAGUUGAAUUUCCGAUGGACUCGCCGCAACCUCGCCAUUGUUGGCUUCUUCGGUAUCGCUGUUCCCAUCAUCAUCUACAAAGGCAUCGUCAGAGAAUUCCAUAUGCAAGAUGAAGAUAAUGGUCGACCGUACAGGAAGUUCAUGUGAGAGUAUGGAAGAUGAUUUGUAAUAAUUGGGGGUUAUAAAACUUAGACCUUAAUAUGAGGCUACAACAUGUUCUUUAUUAACUCUCAAGGGGUUGUUUGGUAAAAUACUGUAGACCUAUCAAAUCACUCCGUAUUUGGAUGUCUUCACUCUUCAUUGAGGUUCCUGUUAUGUUGUUAACAUGUACGGUUGUUCAAAAUUAAUAAUAUUUGUCAAAAAAAACAAAGUAUGAGU